AGUGUAUUUGGUUGGACAGUAAGGCUCUUUUUUGUUUCUUCUAUCUCCGUCUCUUUAUUUUCUUAGCUAAACAGAACAAAAUAUUUUUGCACACUCUGAAAACUUCCACACCGAAUCUUGUAGAGCAAUCAUCACAAAAUAGUUCUGAUUCAGCUGUACAAUGUGAAGCAAGAAUCGUCUGACCACGCACAGAUUUCUGGACAGUUUCUCCUCUAUAUACAAUUUUAAACUACAGAGCAGCUGUGGGCCUGUUUCUUGUAACUCACGAUGGAGACUAAACAACUGAUCAUUGAUUUCAAAUGAAAAAGUAGCUUUCAUUCACGGUGCCUUUUUAACCCGUCCGUGACUGCACGUGUCAGACCAGUCGUCCGCACCCUGAGAGUGACGUCUGCAUUCUUGAGACCGGGGUCGGAGAGCGUGCGGCGGAACACGCGUACACGGCCUCAGCAGAGUGACCAACCAUGCGUGAAUAUAAACUUGUGGUCCUUGGCUCUGGGGGCGUGGGGAAGUCUGCACUGACAGUCCAGUUUGUACAGGGAAUAUUUGUUGAAAAAUAUGAUCCCACAAUAGAAGACUCCUAUAGGAAGCAAGUUGAAGUGGAUGCACAGCAAUGUAUGCUAGAAAUCCUGGAUACUGCAGGCACAGAACAGUUCACAGCAAUGAGGGACCUGUACAUGAAGAACGGUCAGGGUUUCGCUCUGGUUUACUCCAUCACAGCACAGUCCACUUUUAAUGACCUGCAGGACCUACGAGAGCAGAUUCUGAGGGUUAAAGACACAGAGGAUGUGCCAAUGAUUUUGGUUGGAAAUAAGUGUGAUUUAGAGGAAGAGAGAGUGGUUGGGAAAGAGCAGGGUCAGAAUCUCGCUCGUCAGUGGAGUAAUUGUGCCUUUCUUGAAUCUUCUGCCAAAUCAAAGAUCAAUGUCAAUGAGAUCUUUUAUGACCUGGUUAGACAGAUAAACAGAAAGACGCCGGUGGAGAAGAAGAGAACAAAAAAGAAGUCAAACUGCGUCCUACUGUAACACAACUGCAGAGCAUGACUGCAGCAGCUCUGAGCCAGAAUGCCAAAAUGAAGAACUGUUGCCCAGCUGGCCAACAUUCCAGUUCCUCUCUACAGUUAUUGACCAAACGGUCAAUAAGGCAGAACACCAUAGACUCCUGGACUAAUAUACAUAAGACUUGACAGAAAAAGAGAAAUGAAGCCUCUGCCUUUUCUUCCAGAACAGUCUUGCAAAUUUACUUCCCCCUCUUUGUCUACAGUUAUUUCUGAAGGAGAUUCCACAAUGAGGAUCUGUGUCUGAAGGAGAAUCUAUGUCUGUGAUGGGGCGAGGGGGUUUAGGACUUAAUAACUACAGAGAGAAUGGAGACAUUUCAAACCAUUUUAAUGUUUAUAAAAUGAUCAGAAAUGUUUUUUUUUCAUUGUUUGGACCUUCAUUAAUCAUUUGUACAGAGAAGGAGCUGUGUGUACUUCAUUCUUUAGAAAAGGUUCAACCUUUUUUUACCCUGAGUGUCUAGGUUUCUGAUGACUCACAGCUUUCAUAUUCCCCAUAAUAGGCUUGAAUUCUUUUUUUUUUAUUAUUAUUAUCUAGAGAAACUGUGGAAAAUUGAAAACUGUUUUGUAGUGGUAAGAUGAAAGUAACAAGAAAUUUGGUUCUGUGUAUCUUAAAGAUAAAGAUAUAUUGUACUAAAGCCAAUGCUGAAAUGAUCUUUUAUGUUCUUUCACAAUCAGAAUGACAUUAAUUUUCCAGCUUUUAAAGAUAAUGACAUUUUUGGUUGUAUUUUGUUGAUGGCUGUAGCUCAGCCUGGGAGGAAUACCGUUUUGAGCCUGAGAAGGAGAAGAAUGAAAUCUGAUCUAUAACCCACAGAUGACUUCUCUUACAACGGCUAAACCAAUAAUCAGUUGUCAGUUCUUGACACUUAAUUUGCCAUGUUAAAUCAGUCUUGAUGUUUUACUUUAAGUUCUUCAUUGUUCUACUCCAUGGUUAUGUUAAGCAUUUCAAGCAAAGUGUGUCUGAUUAACUUUUAAU